GAUGGUCACCUUUGUGUUUUUUUGCAGAUUUCUUGAAGAGCUUUCUGUAAUAUGUUCCCUGCCGUUGGAGUUUCACAUCUCUUAGCUGUCGUAUUCCUAUGUUUCCUGCAUUCGUCCUUGUGUGUCAGUGCAAAGAAAAAGGUGUUGGCUGAUUUGACAAGUAACAAGCUGACCAGAGAAAACGACGGCAGUUUUGGCCUUUGGUCAUUUCAUGGGACAGCAGCUGAGAGCCAUGCUGAUCAAACAGUGUUCACGUACAAUGCUGAUCUCCUGUCGAGUGAUGGUAGUCGGCACGUCAGUAUCGCCUCUACCCUCUACCCAUGGAUGGGGCUCACCUCGGACCUAGAUCCACUGUUCCAGGAGUAUCUGUUCUUACAAGCGAGGGCCGCAGGCAUCGACGGUUUUCUCCUAGAAUGGGGCCACAUGAACCACUCAAGCAACACAGCCCUCCGACAGCUACUGAGAAUUGCCAAGAAGUACGGAGCGUUUACCCUCGCCAUCAAUUGGUGCGACCACUGGCUCACGACAGAGUUGAAGAAUAAGACCAGUGGAGAAGUGGUUGAUGCAUUCCACAGGAACUUGCAGUAUCUGAUUGACACUGUGUUCAUACUUGGGCCCGAGGUUGUACUUUACCAUGGCAACCAUCCCGUCAUCUUCAUCUUUGGGGGAGGCCUUACGUCGGAGCAAUUUAAAGAUCUACUCGCCAAGCCCCUUCGCCUCCCUCCAGACAUGACCACCCCUAUUUGGAUUGGUAGCUACCUCAACUUUGCCUCCGGUCCUGCACUGUGGGGUGAAUGGGGCGGCCUGCUCAACGGCACUUUUGGGUGGGCGCCGUUCAUUGAGAAACCCACUCCAGCUAAUAUGUCGGAGUGGGACUACUACGGGACAUUAGAAGAUGCUGUGCAAUACCAGAGAAACCUGAGCAAGUUUGGCAAUGAUUGUGUAGCAACUGGUUCCUGCGUGCUGUGGUGCGGGUCUGCGUCCCCCGGCUUUGAUAACAGGGGCUGCGCAGGCUGGGGGCGGAGUCUAAGAUACCUCCCACGACGGGACCUGCAAACACACCGCAGGAGUACAUACAAUGCUCAGUGGGAGUUCUACAUUGGAUUAGCCUCCUCUCCAGAUGUUAUUAUCAUCCCGACCAUGAAUGAUUUCCCAGAAGCAACUGUGAUACUCCCCACCGGUCCCGCCAUGGAUGCAUUACACAGCACAGCCUGGCUGUCAGCCAAAUGGAAGAAUAUCAGUGCUGAUACCACAGGCGUGUCCCUCCCUGCUAGUUGGUUCAGUCUGUACCGCCAGGCUAUCUUCUACCAGCGAACGCCACAUCUAAAUGUUUCACACAUCAUCUCAGCACUAAACCAGACAGCUUCACUGAUCAACAACACACUGUACGCCGAGGCAUCUAGCUCUCUGCAUAUCAUCAGAAAAGAUCUACAGAAGCUUGCAUCCAGAUUGAAGGUGACAAACUUGACCUUUGACCUACCAAGCGAGGGCCUGUAUCCUACCGUCAAACCAACCACACAGAAUGGCUCGUAUGUCGUCAGCAAGACCGACGGGCUGUUCCUUGCUGUGGAGGAGACCAAGGCUGCUAUGCUGAGAGCUGCAAAUUUUAAGGGACUACUACGAUUUGAGUAUCGUCUGCAGAAGGAGACCUUCUCACAUCUCAAGGUGUACUCCUCAACAUCCAGACAAAAUAAACCACCAAGGAAAGAACUUCUUGUAUCAAGGUAUUCAGAAAGCGGUCGGGAAAAAGAGGUUUUUGUCAAACACGGUGAUUUUGCGGAGGUGUGUGACAUCAUGGUGACAUCAUCAGGUGCCUGGGAGUCUGCAGUAGUGGCUCUGCUCAAAGUCAACCAGGCCUGGGACCACACCGCUGAGCAUUCAUCAGAUCUGUACUUCGUAGCUGACGAGUCAUUCUUACUGCGCAACAUCUCUCUCGAGUUUCAAGUCUUUUCUGUCGAUCCAAGUUGAUGAUUUCAAUUUAUAUAUUUAUUUAAUAUUUUAUUAUUUUCAUCCAUGGGUUAACAGAAAAUGUAUUUAAAUGUAAUACAUCUUCAGAGAUUUUCAAACGUUUAAUAUAUGGUAUAUCUUGCCAUAUACUUUGUCUACUUAAAACUGCUGUAGGGGAGCUUUUUAACAACUUUACUUGUUUUCCUAACAAAAUUAUAUAUUUGGCAUCAACAAUCAUCUUAAAAUAGAGGCUUCCACUUUGUUGUGUCCACGUAUCUCCUAAAAUGGUGUGUGAAGUUAUGUUCCUGAAACGCGAGUUUUCAAUGUCAAAAGGUCACACCUCGUUUAGAAAAACCCGGAUGUAGCCCGGACCUUGAUGCACGGAGCGUAUCCGCGCGAGAUAUGACUUUGUUGCAGAAUCGAGUUAUGACCUUGUUGCACUAAUGUGACGAUUUGUUCUAAUAGUUUUAUUAACAUUGUUAACUAGGCAUGGCCUAAGGGCCAAAAAAGUGUCUGGUUUCUGGUAUGCGCGCGCAUCGCCGUAGCCAUGCGCGUCGGCAAAAUGAAAAAGUUGUUUUUUCAAUGUAUGAUGAUAUCUAAAAUCUGCCAAACUCACUGGUUUGAGUGGAAUCCUGCUGCUGCACAAUUUUAACGUGUUUUUAGAUGGGGUUACGAUCG